UGAAUAAUUUGUCCGAAAAAAGUAAUAAACAUCACAUCAUCUUUUCCUCUUCAACCUUGAAGUUUCUAAUUACAAUGGAGCUGAUCCCUGAUCUUCCAGAACCCAUAGCCCGCGAGUGUCUCCUACGCUCCUCCUACAAGCAAUUUCCUCUCAUCGCCUCUGUUUCCAAACUCUGGCGGCGAGAGAUCACUCUCCCUGAUUUUCUCCGACACCGGAAAGCUUCAGGACACAGCCAGGAGCUUGUUGUCUUGUCCCAGGCUAGAAUCAAACCGGUUUCAGAACCCGGUUCAGCAAAAAACAUCCCCACUCCCCUGUACCGGAUCUCUGUUCUUGAACCGGAGUCCGGUUUAUGGACCGAGCUGCCUCCGGUUCCCGGUAAAUCCAACGGUUUGCCUCUCUUCUGUAGACUAGCUUCUGUCGGGACGGAUCUUGUCGUGAUCGGUGGCCUCGAACCCGCCACGUGGCGGACGUCUGAUGAGGUAUUCAUCUUCAGCUUCUUGACUUCCACGUGGCGCAACGGGACGAGCAUGCCAGGUGGACCGCGUUCCUUCUUCGCCUGCGCUUCGGACUCCGAACGGAGCGUUUUCGUCGCCGGUGGACACGACGAAGACAAGAACGCGCUGACGUCAGCUCUCGCGUACGACGUGGCGGAAGAUUCAUGGGCUUUAUUGCCAGAUAUGGGCCGCGAGAGAGACGAAUGCGCGGCGAUUUUCCACGCUGGCAAAUUCCACGUCAUAGGUGGUUACGCCACGGUGGAGCAAGGGCAGUUUAGUAAAACCGCAGAAGCGUUCGACGUCACCACGCAACGGUGGGAGCCAGAGACGAAAGACUUCCUCUCUGCUGCUGGUAUGACUACGUGGCCUCCCGUAUGUGCAACCCGCCAAAACGGAGACCUUUACGCUUGCUGUCGUCGUGAUCUGAUGGUGAUGAGUGGCGACACGUGGCGGAAAGCUGGUGAUGUGCCUGCUGACGUGUGUAAUGUAUCAUACGUGGCGGUAAGGAGGUGUGGGAAGCUGGUCGUGAUCGGUUCGGCUCGGUAUGGUGAACCAAGCGUAGUGUAUAAUUGGGAUAAGAGUGAUUGUAGAUGGGAGAAACAGGAAACAUGUGAGAAAUAUGAAGGUCACGUUCAAGCUGGUUGUUUCUUGGAGAUAUAA